UUGGUGAGAAAAUAAAUUUUAAAAAGCAGCAUGGUCGAAACUCAAAAGUGCUCUCUGAUCCAGUAUAUUAUCGUUUUCCAAGUUUAGACAGAUUACUCGAUCUUAAGAUUAUUACUACGAUUUGGAAUUUACGCCAUAAUAGAUUCGUAUUUUUUUCACAAAGUAUUCGUCAGUUGAAAUAAAAUUUACAUAGUGAAAACGGUGACUUGAGAAAAUGGACAAGUAUCAGUCAUGGAAGACAACUGAGUACAGUAACAAGGUUUCAAACAAAACAGAGGCAGAGGACCUUCCAGAGAAAUUCUCUUUGAGUAACAUAAAAGAUGAACAGUGUUUUUCUAAAGUUCUCUUUGAUUCCACAAAUACAGUUGUUAACAAAGGGAAAAUCACAGAGUUGGCUGCAGAAAUGUUUUCUCUUGAGGAUGUGCAAUAUUUACAAAAGAUUAACAGAGAUCUCCGAGCACAAAAUAUUAAAAAAACCAUGGCUUAUAUUAAGCUUGAGGAAGAAUACCACCUCAUAAAAGAUGAGAUCAUAGACGUUAAACGGGAAGAAGAAAUGCGGCGACAAGAAACCCGUUCUCUUCUCAAAAUUGCUUUGGAAGAAAUAUCGUCACAGCAAAAAUGCCCAUCCCUGCAUUCUGAAGUUCAAGUAGAUCAUUUGCCUGAUCAGAAAGGUUGUCAGCAUACUCCUGGUGAUCUAGCUGACAGAGAUAGGAUUUUAAAGGAAUUAAGCGAUCUAACAAAAAAGUAUGACGAUUUGCAACGCAUGGAAGUUCAGGGACGUCGUCAACUGGCAAUCUAUGUGCAAAAAUAUCAGUACUUUGAAAACGUGGUCAACGAGAGUGUUGUUUAUUUGGAGGAUUUAAGAACAAAACUGAACGCUUCUAUAGAAAAAGUCAAGUGUUUGGAGUUGGAGGUUGCGGUUUGGAAGAAUAGAUGUCGGAAAUACGAGACAGCACCAAAUAAGGAGUUGGGAAAUCUUAACCCACCAGCUUCGCCGCCAAGCACUUCUACAAACGUCCGCCAUCAAUACUAUCAAGUAUUAAUAUCAACGAUAAAAUUUUAUCCUCUUAGCUCUAUUGUGAACUUCUAAAUGUUUUUACAAAUGAUGUAGUAGAACUAGCCGCUACUUCAACAAAGAUCAGCUUUAAAUGAAAUUCUGUUUAUGAAUGGCCGAAGAGUCAAGUUUUGCCUGAUCGACGGUAUUACUUUUGACGCAUUCCGAUUAAAAUCCCAUCUUGUAUAUGGAGGCAAAAUGUUACAGUUUACAAAAAUUAUUCAUAGUAGCCAUUAACUGCAUGCUAGUUUACUCAGGCUUUAAACGCUGAAUUAAUUUGUUCUCUAAUUUCAAACCUAAUUCCUUUGUUCUUUAAUCCAGCAAAUAGUUUAAGUAAACGUUUGUAUUGCUAUUUUUUUUUUAUCCUUUGUCUCUGACGAUAAUAAAAUUUAAAUUGAGAUCCUCA